GCCAUGCCAGCUCAGCAAAAGUACGCGUAAAAACCAAAAAAACCCUGAGAAUAAGCUAGGGCAAGAAAAAAAAACUAUUUAAGCAACAGUUUGGACGUCAAAGAAACCGCGGCGAUACCCUUUAGAUACCGUUUCUACCGCCUACCGGUGGCCAUCCCUGGACAAAUCCGCACCAGCGACAGGCCACCAAGACACCGAUGCGAUUGUCAUCUUCUCUCCCGUUCGCGGUUCACCGGCUCUCUAUUCACCUCUCCCCAAGCCCUGCCCGUUUAUUCGCGGAACCUUCCCAGCUUGCAAUUCGCCACGCGUGUCCCAGAUGAUCCCUCGCCUCCCCUUCAUACGUAUCCGCGACCAUAUAUACGGCCUCGACUCCACACCGCUUCUUCUUCCUGCGGCUCGAGUCGAGAGGCAGCGCGGUUGCCGCGGCGAGGAACGGGACAGAGCGGAGCGGAGAGGUAGCUAGCUGACAGUGACGGUGUUUAGCUUCAGCUUCAGCAAUGGCAGGAGCGGGAGCAGGAGCUGGUGGCAGCGGCAGGUUGCUCAGAGGAGGAGCAGCCGCCGCGAAGGCUUUUAAUGGAGACAGCAGCCACCGUCAUCUGCCGUCCUCGUCGGGAGCGGCUGCAGGCACCGGCGUCACUGGCCCGUGUCGCAUCCCGUCUCUGAAGUUCCCGUCGCUGUGGGAGACGGCGGCGUCGAAGAGGCAGGGUGGUGUCAGCAGCCGCGCCGCGGCGGAGCGGAAGGCGGCGCUGAUCGCGCUGGGAGCCGCCGGCGUCACGGCGCCUGUGAGGGAGCGCGGUAGUGGGGUGUUCUUGCCGGAGGAGGCGAGGAGGAGCGCCGACCUGCUGCUGCCACUGGCGUACGAGGUCGCGAGGAGACUGGUGCUGCGGCAGCUCGGGGCGACGCGGCCGCAGUGCUGGUCCAAGAUCGCCGAGGCCACCAUCCACCAGGGUGUCGUCAGAUGCCAGUCGUUCACCCUGAUCGGUGUUGCUGGAUCACUCGUCGGAUCAGUGCCAUGUUUUCUCGAGGGUUGUGGUGCAGUUCUCAGGUCAUUCUUCCUGCAGUUCCGUGCCAUGUCACAGACAGUAGACCAAGCUGAGAUCAUAAAGCUGCUCAUCGAGGCAUUAGACAUGUUCCUGAUUGGCACUGCUCUUCUCACGUUCGGCAUGGGAAUGUACAUCAUGUUCUAUGGCUCCCAGAGCAUUCAGAAACCAGAAAUGCAUGUUGAUAACUCACACCGGGGAUCCUUCAACCUAAAGAAGCUGAAGGAAGGGGCCAGGAUCCAGUCGAUCACGCAGGCGAAGACGAGGAUCGGGCACGCCAUACUCCUGCUGCUCCAGGCAGGCGUCCUCGAGAAGUUCAAGAGCGUGCCGCUGGUCACCGGGGUUGACAUGGCCUGCUUCGCCGGCGCCGUGCUCGCUUCCUCCGCCGGCGUCUUCCUCCUGUCCAAGCUGGCGACGACGCAGCAACCAAGCAAGCGAACAAUUUUCGCAUGAACACAUACACAUGACGCAUCCCCCCAUCGUGUAGAGACUACGCAAGAAUUUACCAUUUAGCUCUGAUUCAUUAAUUCUUUCAUGUCAACACCAGGAAUACUGGAAUAGUUAGCAAAAGUUGUAAAAAAGAGAAAUUGUAGCUUGUAGGCUUGUAAUCAAAGUGCCAAUAAAUUUUCUCAGGAAAGAAGAACCAGAUUUUCUGUUUGUA